GCGUUUUAACGCGAUGGUGUCCCCAUGGGAUCAAAUUUCAGCGUCACAGCUCGGGGGGCUGGCUUCGCGGUCCCUGAUGGGAGAGCAUGAACAGGUGUGACCCUCUUUUGGCCGGCCUGCCACUGGACCCUGACUUGCCUACGUCCUAUUACCAAUCACCUCCCUCACCCUCCAUCGGAUCUUUUCUUGCCAACGUGGAGAAGCGUGACAAAUACUGGGGCUCUUCCUUGGACAAAGCUUUGGAGUAUAGGAUUCACUGGCCCAGGAUCUUAGAGUCAGAGCCUGUGGGAAACGCUGCUCCGGAACCCACCGUGAAGAGUGUAGACUGGAAGCCAGGGUGGGGCUCGGGGCCUCAGCCACAUGGGGAUUCCUCGUAUUCCAACCCAGACCCACAGAAGGAGUGCUGUCAUGACCAAGACCUUCUGAAGAGGCAUCACAACAUAGCCAAGAAAUCCUCAGAGAACAGCUCUGCCAAAGUUAAAGGUAAGUCCACCAUGGUAAUUCCCGAUUCCCAGAAGCUUCUGCGAUGUGAGUUGGAGUCACUUAGAAGUCAGCUACAGGCUCAGACCAAGGCUUUUGAGUUCCUGAACCACUCUGUGACCAUGUUGGAGAAGGAGAGCUGCCUGCAGCAGAUCAAGAUCCAGCAGCUUGAAGAAGUGCUGAGCCCCACGGUUCACCAGGGAGAGAAGGAGGGGCACAAGUGGGGCACGGAACAGGGUCGGCAGGAGCUGUAUGGGGCCCUGGCCCAAGGCCUUCGGGGGCUGCAGAAGACUCUACGUGAUGGGGAGGAGGUACAGCGGGCCCGUACUACACGUUGCCUGCAGCUGCUGGCCCAGGAGAUCAGGGACAGCAAGAAGUUCCUGUGGGAGGAGCUGGAGCUGGUGCAGGAGGAAGUGACCUUCAUCUGUCAGAAGCUCCAGGCACAGGAGAAUGAGAUCUCAGAGAACCUGGUGAACAUCCAGAAGAUGCAGAAGACGCAGGUGAAGUGCCGCAAGGUCCUGACCAAGAUGAAGCAGCAAGGGUAUGACUCAUCUGCCUGGCGGGACACAGAGGAGGGGCUGUUGGAAGGCAGUGGGUGCUGGAAGGAUGACCUCCAGAAAGAGCUGAGUGACAUAUGGUCUGCUGUGCAUGGGCUGCAGAACUCCGUCGAUGGCCUCAUCAUGUCCUCGGGGGCCCUCCCCAGGACCUCGAGCGUCAGGGGCCAAAAGGGGCACCAAUGCCUGAGCCCUACACUCCUUUCCUGGGACUCGGAUUCAGACUGUGAUCCACCACCUGUCAACAAGAUCCGAUCCUUCCCGCCCGGUGUGGACCCUGUCUGGCCCUUGUCCUACCCCACCUGCCCUUUGGCUUGAGCAGCCGGAACUGCUCGUCCUGAAGAUCCCUCCAGAGAGAAAAUAAACUCACCAACAUCCUCCUCCUGGACUCUGCUCCUGCUGCUUCCUGUACCUUAGAAUCCUC